AUGCCACACCAUUUGCUUGGAAUCAUUGAUCCCGAGGUGGAUUUCUCUGUACAUAAUUUUGUGCAUCAUGCAUUGCUGGCUGCUGAUGCCAUCGUACAAAAGAAUCAGUUGCCAAUCAUUGCUGGUGGGUCCAAUUCAUUCAUACAGGCACUUCUCAAUAACGACACUGAGUUACCCUCCAAGUACGAGUGUUGCUUUCUCUGGAUGGACUUGGCGAUCCCAUUCUUGCAUUCGUACAUGUCGAGAAGGGUUGCUCAGAUGGUGGAUAAUGGGUUGAUGGAGGAGGCUAAGAUAUUUUUUGAUCCAGAAAUUCGUGACUAUGAUAAUGGGAUUAAGCGUAGCAUUGGAGUCCCCGAGAUGGAUGAGUUCUUCAGGAGUGAGGGUCUAGUCGAUGGCGAAACUAGGACUAAGCUUCUUAAGGCAGCUAUUGAUGAAAUUAAGAUGAACACUUGCAAAUUAGCUUGCCGUCAAGUUUUAAAGAUUUUAAGGAUGAGGGAGGAAUUUGGGUGGCAGAUCCAUCGGUUGAACGCCACAGAGGUAUUCCUUCAACACGGUGGAGAUGCCAAUGACGCAUGGGAGAAAUUGGUGCUGGAGCCUAGUAUGAACAUUGUGGCUCGUUUCAUUUGCAAAGAAAACAUAGAUCUGAAACCGACUGCAUAUGAACAAUUAGUAUGA